GCGCCCACGCGUCGAGAAGCUGCUCGUCGUCCCUGCCGGCCGCUCGUCCCGAUUGCCUGCCCUCAGCGUCCGCGAUCAGUAAAGCCUUCCUUCAAAGCCCUCCAGUGCCGGCUGUGUACCCCACGUACUUGUCACCGUUAUCACACUAAAAAAAAAAAAAAAUCUUUUGACCUUUCUUUUUCUGACUCCAGCGAAAAUCCUGCUCCGGGUACCUUUAGCCCAGUUUUAUUCAUCCAAGUUGUGGCCUUGCUUGUGCUUUCCGAAGACAUGCCUUCCCCCAACUUUUGAUUGAUCUUGAGGUAGGGACUUUCAGAUUUGGAGGGAUGAUAAACCACCAGCAGCCGGGUCACGGUCACGGACUGGGGUCGGCGGCGGAGGCAGCUAUCUUCGUCCUCCAUUCUGUCAGGCACCUCUCCCGUCGUCAUCGCUGAAAUCCCCAUUCUUCUGAGAGAAUUCGGGUUGGUACAAUAGGCUUCACUAGACUUAGCUGCAACUCAGAAUUUCUCCUCCAGCACCUGAGUAAAUGCUGAUGGUCUUGUGGAGAGUGGAUUAAGAGUACGAGCUAAGUUCUCAAUCCCAAUUGAGAAGCGGAGGAAAUGUAAACUGUCUCCUUCCAAGUUUAUCACUGCCACCACCAUCAAGACAGCAAACCAAAGGACAAAGACUUUGAACUGCUGUGUUGCUCUGUGUAGUCCAGUGCACGCGUGCUUUACAGACUUGGCUGGGGUUACUAAUAAGUAAAUAAAAAGCUGGACGCUUCUGUCAUUCGGACGUUUCAUUCACAAGUUACCAGAAUGAGGGCUGUACUGGAGACAGCAGACAUUGCCGUAGUGGCCCUAUAUUUUAUCCUGGUCAUGUGCAUUGGUUUUUUUGCCAUGUGGAAAUCUAAUAGAAGCACUGUGAGUGGAUACUUCCUGGCCGGGCGCUCUAUGACCUGGGUGGCAAUUGGUGCCUCUCUGUUUGUGAGCAAUAUUGGGAGUGAACACUUCAUUGGGCUGGCAGGAUCUGGAGCAGCGAGUGGAUUUGCAGUGGGCGCGUGGGAAUUCAAUGCCUUACUGCUCUUGCAACUUCUGGGAUGGGUUUUCAUCCCUAUUUACAUCCGGUCAGGGGUAUAUACCAUGCCUGAAUACUUGUCCAAGAGAUUCGGUGGCCAUAGGAUUCAGGUCUAUUUUGCAGCCUUGUCUCUGCUUCUCUAUAUCUUCACCAAGCUCUCAGUGGAUCUGUACUCAGGCGCCCUCUUUAUCCAGGAGUCCUUGGGCUGGAACCUUUAUGUGUCUGUCAUCCUGCUCAUUGGCAUGACUGCCCUGCUGACUGUCACCGGAGGUCUGGUUGCAGUGAUCUACACAGACACUCUGCAGGCUCUGCUCAUGAUCAUUGGGGCACUCACACUUAUGGUUAUUAGCAUAACGACAAUUGGAGGGUUUGAGGAAGUUAAGAGAAGGUACAUGUUGGCCUCACCCAAUGUUGCUUCCAUUUUGUUGACAUACAACCUUUCCAACACAAAUUCUUGUAUGGUCCAUCCUAAGGCGAAUGCCCUAAAAAUGUUGAGAGAUCCAACAGAUGAAGAUGUUCCCUGGCCUGGAUUCAUUCUUGGGCAGACCCCAGCCUCAGUAUGGUACUGGUGUGCUGACCAAGUCAUCGUGCAGAGGGUUCUAGCAGCCAAAAACAUUGCUCAUGCCAAAGGCUCUACUCUAAUGGCUGGCUUCUUGAAGCUUCUACCAAUGUUUAUCAUAGUUGUACCAGGAAUGAUUUCCAGGAUACUGUUUGUUAAUGAGAUAGCUUGCAUCAACCCAGAACACUGCAUGCAAGUGUGUGGAAGCAGAGCUGGGUGCUCCAAUAUUGCUUACCCACGCCUGGUGAUGACAUUGGUUCCUGUGGGCCUUCGAGGCCUGAUGAUGGCAGUGAUGAUUGCAGCUCUGAUGAGUGACUUGGACUCCAUCUUUAACAGCGCCAGUACUAUAUUCACCCUCGAUGUAUACAAACUUAUCCGCAAGAAUGCAAGCUCCCGGGAACUAAUGAUUGUGGGCAGGAUAUUUGUGGCUUUUAUGGUUGUCAUCAGCAUAGCAUGGGUGCCAAUUAUUGUGGAGAUGCAAGGAGGCCAGAUGUACCUUUACAUCCAGGAGGUAGCAGAUUAUCUGACCCCUCCUGUAGCGGCCCUCUUCCUUCUGGCGAUUUUCUGGAACCGCUGCAAUGAGCAAGGGGCUUUCUAUGGUGGAAUGGCAGGCUUUGUUCUUGGAGCUGUCCGCUUGAUACUGGCUUUUACCUACCGUGCUCCUGAGUGUGACCAACCUGAUAACAGGCCAGGCUUCAUCAAAGACAUCCAUUACAUGUAUGUGGCUACAGCAUUAUUUUGGAUCACAGGACUCAUUACUGUAAUUGUUAGUCUUCUCACACCACCUCCCACAAAGGAUCAGAUUCGUACCACUACCUUUUGGUCCAAGAAGACCCUGGUGACAAAGGAGAGCUGCUCUCAGAAAGAGGAGCCAUACAGAAUGCAAGAGAAGAGUAUCCUGCGGUGCAGUGAGAAUAGUGAUGUCAUCAGCCACACUGUUCCCAAUGGGAAGUCUGAAGACAGCAUCAAGGGGAUCCAACCUGAAGACGUUAAUCUGCUGGUGACAUGCCGAGAAGAGGGCAACCCAGUGGCUUCCACGGGUCAUUCAGAGGCAGAAACACCAGUAGAUGCUUAUUCCAAUGGGCAAGCAGCUCUCAUGGGUGAGAGAGAGAGAGAGAAGGAAACAGAAAAUAGAAGCCAGUAUUGGAAGUUCAUAGACUGGUUUUGUGGCUUUAAAAGUAAAAGCCUUAGCAAGAGGAGUCUCAGAGACUUGAUGGACGAAGAGGCUGUUUGUUUACAAAUGUUAGAAGAGACUCCACAAGUUAAAGUGGUACUAAACAUUGGACUGUUUGCUGUGUGCUCGCUUGGAAUUUUCAUGUUUGUCUAUUUCUCCUUAUGAACUUAAGGAUAUGGUGAGACACUUAAGAGAAAAUCCUGGUCUUUGAAAACAAAAAUGUAACUGUUGCACCUCUCAGGCAUUGUUUACGCUGAAGGUUUUAGCCAAAUUCUACUUAGUAGAAAAAUCAUCUAUUUGCAAGACUUAUUUUCCCAGAGAUGGAGGAAAAGUAAAUCUUCAACUUAUAUGAAACAAAGCAGAAUGAAUUGUGCAAAAAAAAAAAAAAAAAUGUGAUUUUUGAGUUUUCCGUACCAAAGUAAGGAGAGACCAAUUAUUCUCAUAUAUCACUUAGGACAAAACAUGUGCUAAGGUAUCAUGAGUAAAGUGUCUUGUCUACAUUGCCAAGUCUUGGUAGACCUUAUGCUGAAGUAAUUUACUCAUUUAUAAGGUUUUUGUCUCUAAUACCUGCUAUAAUUAAAAAAUUGAAUUUGUAGAGACUGUAUGAUUAGUUACGUCCUGAAAAUCUAAUGUGUUGUGUAGUAAUGACUUGAGGACAACUUUGUGUGUGUGGUUGGUCGUUAGCAUGAGUCUAUGGAUUCUGCUUGUCAAGAGAAAGGAAGAGUGUUUUCCUGCAGCUCUUUCUGUACCGCUUGUAUGGAAAUGUUAGCAGCCAGUGUGGAGAAGACCUUAUUUCCAUCCCCUCCCUCUUUUUACCACUUAAACUAAACUUUAAUCAACUGACUACCAAGUCUGUCUAUCAUUUUGCUUUUAAUUAGGGGGGAAGUAAGUACUGCUGAUGAUCUGUCCCCACAUUUAUUGAUCAGAUAAGGAUAUUUUAAAAUAUAAUUUAAGAAUUACCAGCUACCAUGCAAUGACUGAUUUUUAAUGCUAAAUAGAUGAUGAAUCAUUUUUCUGCCUGCUUUCUAGCUGCUUCCUUGUCAUUUUGUAACAUUCCUUAUUUGCCAAAUGCCUUCCCAAAUGGGUCCAGUUGUAAGAUGUCCAGUAUCAUGGAGGAGAGUCGACACUACUUGAGUGCUGAGUUUGGCACUUGCUUAGUUUGUGAAGCACUGUUGUUAAGUUUUAGAGGAACAGUCUAGUUCUGAUAUACUGAAUUCUUUAUAAGUUCUCUUCCUCGUUUCUCUUUAUUUUGAAGAUUUGCUGUGUGUAUACAUCUAUGCUAUUACAGUCAGUACAUGAGUAUGUUUCAUUACAAACUGGCUGUCAGUCAUAAAACAAUCAGCAGUUUGUUGAAACUAUUGAUGAGUGUAGGUUUUCUGUAGGAUGGCCAGCAUGUUCCUAGGUUGCCCCGAACAGGGACUUGAGGGUUUAGCAGUGUGCUUGUAGGGGAUGUCACACUUGUGGAGGACUCGUGAUAUCGGCCUUAUCUUAGCUUGGUAUCCAGUUGCAACAUCCGUGGGCAGCAGAUCUUUUUGGUAGGCUGUUUCUCCUUAUUGAAGAUAGUGCAGAAGGAAUUCGAGAACAAUUCCAAGGAUGAUGUGUGUAGUCCUGUGUCUUCAACACUGCCUCUUCUCCUCCAUUAGAGAUGAAGAAAGCAAAUUCUGUACCUACUUUCUUUAAGCUGAUAACUUUUUAAAUUGCAUGACUUUUAUUAAGCCUUGUACUUAAGGAGAAUUAUUACUUUUAUAGAUCAUUUUAUAGCUUUUCAAUCAAAGUCCUGAUAACUUAA